GAAGCCUUUCCAGUCAAAUCUAACGGCGGGAGGGGGCAGUUGAGGGUCGUUGGCCUUUCUUCUGCGCCUAGGAAGGGCCCGCUCGCUCCCUCUCUCCCUUUUCUACCUCACCAACCAACAGGAAGCCGGGCAUCAGGGCCUUUAAACCCGAUCUACAACGAACGUUAUAGCGCAUGCUUACUGAAGUGCCUUGAAAUAAUACAUUGCUUUGUAAAUGUCUCUGCUGCUGAAUCUCUUAAGACAACUGCUGGAAUACUAUGGAGUGCCACCAGAUCUGCUCCUGCAAAGGUGUCAAGUCUGUCUUGGUCGUAUUGUUUAUGUGAUAGGAUCCCAUCUUUCCUCUUCCACUGCCCCAAGAACAAACAUCCAACAAUUAUGUGACAUCUCAAGGAGAUGUUUGAUGUCUUUGGCUUGGGAACGAAAAAAUUAUGGAUCUACCCGGAGUUUUGUUCGCAGAUUGGGGAAACAUCUUUUGUUAACUCCUUGUCCAAGGCCUCACUUACAGUUGGUUGCAAGUAUGGAUUCUUUAGAGUCUGAACAAAGAAACAGUGUUAGCUCUCUUACACCAUCCCUCGCUGAUGUCUUGUGGAUGCCAUAUGAUGACAGAGACUCAUAUACUAAAUACAGAUCCGAUCAAUGGAGAGAGGCUGUGGCCCCAUCUAUACGUCCUGUGUCAUCAUCAGCAUCUCAAAAAGCAACUGUUGUGGAUGAAGAUACAUGUAGAAAAAUUUCUACUCUUGAGAACGAGUUAGCCUUCCUUCGGAAACAGAUUGCUGCACUUGUGACAGUGCAAAGGGCAGAAAAUGAUUUAUCUUGCUCAGAUGCGGUGCAUUCAUCAAACACGUGUUCUAGUGGUUUCUUCAAGACAACAACUUCUACACCAGCUCCUGUCUCUCUUUGCAAUGACGCUGUGCCUCCCCCACCUCCUGUACUGCAGUCUAACGUUGAUUCCAGUAAUUCAGCAAUUGAGCUUAUUAAACAACGACGGGCUGCAAAUAAGACCAGAAAUAUUGCAGACAAUAGUGGAUGUCAGGAAGUGAAGGCUGUUCCUAGCAUGAUGGAUGUUCUGAAGGAUAUAAACAAGGUUAAAUUAAGAGCUGUCGAGAGAUCCCCUGGAGGAACCCCACUGCCCAAAACAAAGAAGAAAAUGCUGUCACAGUGGGAUCCAGCAGCUAUAAUAGCAGAAGCUCUUAAAGAGAAAUUUGCAUCCCGGAGCAAUGAUGAUGAUUCAUUUGAUAAAGAAAACAGAUCCUAUGGUGCAUCUCCAUUUUCCAGUCCAGACACUCCAAUGGUUGGCUGUCAUAUUUCAAAAACAUGUAUGAAGCAGACACUCACUAGAACUGAGGAAUUGAUAUAUACAUCAACUACCAAGGCAGUAAUGCAUUUUUAGCCAUGCUUGGGAUCUCUGGAAAAAGCCAUGCUAUCUACCGUCGCUUGGACUACUUUUAAACUUGUUUUAUGUGCUCCCUGUGAUAUAAGGCAACACCUGUUGUAGGGGAUUUUUUUUAAAAAAACCAUGCACACAUGAAAUUUGCUUUUAUAAAAUAUUUUAAUUUAAAUUCAAUGAACCGUAAUAUCUGUUUUAUAUCUUAUGUUAUGGUUUGGGAUUGAGAUUUUAGAUAAGUAAAUUUAAGAAAGAAAAGUAAAACGGAAAAUAUAAAUAGCUGCACAUGUUAAGUUUAUUUGGUUAAGGUGCUGUUGUUUGAAGAAGAAGUAUGUUAGCUUUAAAAAAGAAUGUAUAAAUGCAGCAAAAGGUUGCAAAGAAUCCAGGUGACAUAUGGGUGUAUUUGAAAUUCUUUAUCCAAUAUCUUUAUUGCCCAUUUUCUACCCAGUGUAUUCAGUUUUAAAAUAAAUUCUUUUAUAUGUG